ACCAUUUGUACAUAUACACUAACAGAUAUAUCUGCGCUUACUGCCAGCUACACUGUCAGCAUUCUCAGCUGACGAACAAAAAAAAUUGAUAAAGUGAUAUAUCGCGACUUGUAAAAAUGUCGUUUGGCGAGAAAAUAGCAUCGAUCAUGCAAAGACCUGGACAGGACCCUGUUGCCAAGGAUGAUGUACCUUGGUGGAUGAAGUACGCGGGUCGUGGACUUGGUACUGUAGGAAGUAUAAUUGCAAUUUUUCUGGGUGCCUGGAAUUGCGCAUCGAUACUUUUUGGUCAGGUUGACUGCUUAAUUAGUGGUAUGUGGCAGAUGAUAGCUGGUUUCUUAGUUGUAAUGAUUGAAGCACCAUGCUGCUGUUUAUUCAUCGACUUUGUACAGAAUUUAAGUGAUUGGGUGGAGAAGAAACCAUAUUGGAAUAGAGCAGCUUUUUAUUGUCUAAUAGCAUUGCCAUCAGUCUUUCUGUGCCUUGGAAUGGGUAGUUUAUUUGGCAGUGGUUUAAUAUUUACAACGGGUAUAAUAUAUGGAUUAAUGUCUCUUGGCAAAAAGGCACCUUUUGGCGAAAUGAGAACAACAGCAAUGGACAUUCAGCAAGCUCCAUCCUCGAGCAUGCGAUCCACUCUGGUUGAAAAUACUCAGCCAAUUGGUCUUAGCAAUACCCCAGGUAGUAUUGUUUGAUCGUUAGACAUUAAUUGGAAGAGCGAUAUUUUCAACAUUUUCAACAUUUUGUGCGAAUGAUUAUGAAUGAUAAUUAAUCAUUUAAGUAAUUGUAGUUGGAUCCCACAAGCAUGCUUCAUUUGAUUUUAGUUAGGAUGUAUAUUGUAAAAAUAAAGAGAAAAUUCCAAAUUUCCAUAAGAUGUGGUGGAAUAUAUAAGUAUAGUAAUAAUUUUGUUUGGAAUACAUAUAGUAAUCAUUUCUUGAAUUUUAUACACUUUCUUUACUUUAUAUUUGCAUAUAUCGACAUUAAUAAAAAUUGUACAGAGUUUUAUCAUAACAAAAAUUAACCGUUAAUAAAACUCGGACAAAUGUCAAUAAUACAAAAUUAAGCUCUUAGUUACGUGCGUUGGCUCGUAAUUAAUCUUUUUAAUUUGUUAUUAAUUUUAUUAUACUUUGUGUAUUAUAUUACAUUAGAGAUGGAAUGGGAUAUAUUAUGAAAACAAUUAUAAAAGUCUGUUGCUUCAUUUAAGAUAAUGCCAAAGUUAAAGACUGUUAUCAUGUAGAAAAAAUGAUAAUGGAUCUACUUAUUUGUAGACCCAUUUGAGUAGAUAUCACAGAACAAACAGUAAUAAGUAACAAAAUUGAACAUCAUAAAAUGAUGAAAGAUUGUUUUAAUAUAAUGUCACAGAGCUUCUCAGUUUUUGAAUGUUUUGUUACAAAUUAGAUAAAUAAAAACAUAUCUAAAAAAGAUAGAAUAAAUGAACACUUCC